UUCUCAAUCUUGGCACUCUUUAGCAACCUUGAUCCUCAUUGGCGAAUCCAAACUGUAUGAAAACUGUAUCUGAUUUAGGUACCCAAUGAAAGACCUUUACGGCGGCGCCACCCUCUUGGGUGACUCAGCAAGUACAUACCCGUUGAUCAUAUGUUUCCAUGGGUCGGGUGAUUCCUGUGCGUCUUGGGGCGCUCUAACACAGUCCCUGAGCGGCGCAUACCGCAUUCUCGUCUGGGACCGAGGAGAUGAAAAUCUAAAGCCCAACUCAUCCGUGCAUAAAAUGCUGGAGCAUCUCAGGGAGGCUCAAUUGCCGCCGCCUUAUGUUCUUAUUGCGCACUCUUAUGGUGGCACCUUUGCGCGAGAAUUUCUGCAGCAGCGGCCGGAUGAUGUAGCUGGUAUGGUACUCGUAGAGACCGGGCAAGAAACUGCACUAGACCCCAAGGUCGAAAAACGGCAGUACAAGAAGCAGAUUCUGGGAAACAAGCCACUCGUCGUCAUUCGAGGCAACACGUUGAUCGGUACAUGGAAGCAUUAUGAGAACGCAAUUGCUGCGGCUGGCAGCGAUGCCGACAAUCCGAGUCUGAAGGCGCAGAAACAAUUGCUCGAUGCUACAGACAAGGAAGACGAACGGUUGAAGAAAGCGCAAUUGGCGCUAUCUCUGAACUAUCGCUAUGUCCACCUGCCGGAUUGUGGACAUGGAGUUGUCCAACAGAGGCCAGAUGUGGUAGCAGCGGAAGUCCGCUGGGUCAUGGAACAUCUGCCAUUAGGGAAUGGACAGUCAACACGCAACACUCCUAGCUUAUGGCGUAACGUGUCUGUUUUCUUCAGGCAAUUACACAAGCGUCCAUGAGAGGCGACUAUCCGCACAUUUGCAUGUUGCGAUGUACUGGGAAUCUGGCAGAUGUGUUAAUAUCCUGGACGUUGGCAACCAACAGUACGGUGUUGGGCCGAAACGUGAUAGUGUCAACAACACCAUGGUUCAGUUGAAUUGGCCAGAAACACAGCAGUGGGAACGCAGCAAAGUAGUAAACAUCAGACACACCAUGAAAAAUGUCUCCUGGGGGCAAGAAAUUGGCAUGUCCAGCUUAAUAUUGUCCCCCAACAAUAUUACGUACAGGUAGUCGCCUUCCUGGCUGACAAGACUGUCCUUGAGAUGCGUUUGUUAUUGCCCCAUACGACUCAACCUCAACUCGGAGACUAUGAAGCACCACCGCUAUUCGUAUCAUUGCAAGCAUUGCACCUGGAUUAGGGUUUCAUUAUGUUGCUAGUCCGCUACGGAUCAUAUAAACUACUAAUUAUUAAUUGUUAAUAUG